AUGGAUAAUAAGUAUAGAAAUUUAUCAGCCGAUCAUGCUUUGAAAAAUGGAGGAAGACAUAGUCAAACCACUACGUCGUCUCAACAAUUAAAAAAUCUUUCAUCGAAAUUCCAAAACGACUCCAUUUCUUCUGUUUCUGCCUCAUUUUUCUUCACAAAAUCACCACUUGGCUGCCUCAAACAAAACGCUCGAAAUUGCAUACCAGAACCUGCUACUGAAGAUAGUAAGUCUUUUUAA